GGCAGUGCUUGUCAAUUCGAUAAUUUCGUUCGUUGUUAUUUUAAAACGUAAUUCGUAGGUAACAAUUUCACAACAAUUUUAUAUUUUUCUGUUACAUAUCGACUUAAUAUCCUAAAGCUUACGAUGCCAACAACUAGGAAAAAGGUAAUCAAAACAGUGUACAAAGACGACGACGAAAGUGAACAAGAAAAAGAUGGACACGAUUUUAGUGAUUCCGGUUCUGAAGCGGAAAUACCUGAUCACCCUAGCUCUGAUGAGGAAGAGGAAUGCCAUAUUUCCUCUGACGAAGACUUUAAAAACACAAAAAGCAAAAAGAAAACAAAGCGCACAUCAACCAUUCAAAAAAAAGUUCCAAACAAAGCUAAUUUUACCAAAACUUUUAUAACAAAAAUAAAUAAACAAAAGGACAGUGAAGAAAACUCUGAUGAAGCGCCAGUACUGUUUUCUGUUAAAGACUUAACAGAUGCUGAUAAACUGUUACCAUCCAUUCUGAAUCUUUCUGAAAGCGACAGCAGUGAUGAUGAAUCUCCAAGAGUAACUAUAAAAAAGGAUAUAACAAGUUUUGAAUCAGUAAAGUCCAAUGAUUCAGAAAAUGAUACAGAAUCUAAUGUUGAAUAUAAAGAUGUGUGGUCAAAUAAUAUUAAAGAUGAGAGUGAAGAAGUUGCUAAGAAGACUUUCUUAGAACUGGAACAGCAUAAAAGUAAAAUGGAGGAAACAAAAAUAUCAAUUCAGAGCUAUACUGCAAAAAUUGAUGCACAAGCAGACUCUAAUGUAAAGGAUUUGCUAGCUCUUGGGGAGGAGGAAAUACCACAACAAAGUGUUUCAAGUCAUUCUAAAAAACGCAAAAAGAAAGUAGUUAAUGAUGAUAGCGAUUCUGAGAUGGAAGAUUGGGAGGAAGUCAAAGAUGUUAAAGCUAUACCACAACAAGGAUUACAGCUUAUUGUUGACAUUCCAAAUGCUGUUUGUAGGAAAACAAAAAAAUUAGAUGUUGAAAUGAUGAUGAAAAGAAAAAUUAACAGAGUAAAGAAAGAAUAUCAAGUGUACAUGCAUAAAGUACAUGUCUUAUGUUGGUUGGCUCAUGGUAAUUACGUUAGUGGAGUAUUAAAUGAUCAAUCUAUUCUCGCAGCUGCAUUAUCCUUAGUUCCAUCCAAUGAAUGCUAUCCUGGAGAAAGAGUAGAUAUGAAGUAUGUAGAACAAAUAACCUCCUGGUAUAAGGACAAGGUUAUUUUAAAGCAGGAUAAACAUGAAAAUAAAUUUAGACCAAAAGCACCAACUUUAAAAGAUAUAUUACAACAACAAAUAAAAAGCAGAAUUUUCAGUACAAAAAAAUAUAUAGUUUUUGUAUUUGUUUCAAUGUUAAGAAGUCUUGGUUUACAAUGCAGAGUUAUGUUUAAUUUUGUCACCCUGCCAAUUAAACCUCCUAGUUCUGAAUUAUGUUCACUAUCUACUAAACAGAAUGAUAUAAAAAAUGAAGAUCAGAAAGGAAAAAAACAGUCAAUAAAAGUAGAAAAAGAUAUCUCCAGCAAGCAAAAAGUUAGCAAUAUAAAAAAAGAGAAAAUACCUCAGUUAGAUGGAAUUUAUAAUGUGAGCUAUUCCAGUGACAGUGAUAAUAUUAUGCAGGUAGAUGGUAGUGAUGACGGUUUAACAAAUAGAAGUAGAAGAGUUAGGAAUACACUAAAUUCUAAAAAACACGUAAGCACUGAAAGUAACCUUGAUCAAUGUAGUGUAUCGCCACCAAAAAGAGCGAGAAGAAAUUGCACGACACAACCUGAGAAAGAUAAUAAUAAAAAUAAAAAACAAGAAAGCCCUCAAAAGCUCCACGAAACUGAUAUCAACAAUAAAAUUGCCAUAGGAAAAUCUAGAAAAUCGCUGUCACUAAAUCGUAUCGAAUCAAAAAAUAAUGUGGGAGCUGAACCGAAAGACAAUAAAAGUGUUGAAAACCUUGUGGAACAAGUCACGCUCUCGAGAAGGACCAGAAGCAGCAAGAAAUCUGUUAGCACAGCUUUAUCCAAACCUGAAAUAAAACCAAAAGAAAACGCGAAUAAAACUGUCCCUAAAAAGACCUCUGUGAAAGAACCUGAAAUGAAAGCAAAAGAAAUCACAUAUAAAACUGACUCUAAAAAUACCUCUUUUAAAGUAAAUGAAAUCACAAAUGAAGUUGCCUCUAAAAAGACCUCAGCAAAAUUGCCUGAUAUAAUAAUUACAAAUGAAAAUGACAGUGUUUCAAGUAAGUAUUUUGGAAACCAUGAAUUUUCUUCAAUUAAUAACUCAACAGCAACGACCAGAAAACGUUCAAAAACAUCUGAACCUGUACAUCAAAGCGACAAUAUAACUGAAACUAAAAAAAGAGCGCGAUCAAAAAGUGUUCAAAAUAAUGAAACUGAAAGUAAAUAUUUUACUGGUAAUAUUGAUAAACAAACAAUAAAACCAACUAGAACUAAUAAGAAAAAGAUUGACGAUCUUUCUGAAGAUUGCAAAAGAGUAAGCCAUAAAGACUUAAAAAGAAAGGCAAACGUGAAGAAUGAUGUAAGAGAUGACCUAAUUCAUAUCAUAAAAGGGAGAGUUAAGGAAGCAAAAGCAGAUGCCAAAAAGUUAAUAGUCAAAGAGAAAAUAAAAAAAGAAUCUGAUGAAGAUAGCUAUUAUUUGCCAGUGCAGUCUCCGAAAAGUAAAAUGUCAGAAAGCGAUGAAGAUUUUAAACCGAGUAAAAUAAGCCCAAAAUCAAAAAUUAAAACUGUUAAAAAAGUUGAUCGGCGGGUUUUCUCAACAGAUGAUGAACUACAUCAGAACAAUCUUAACAAAAGUGAUGUUUGGUGUGAAGUAUAUGUAGAGGAACUUGAAGAGUGGGUUGCAGUAGAUGUUAUUAAAGGCAAUGUGCAUUGCGUCAACGAAAUAUACGGUAGAGCUACACAUCCAUUUAAUUAUGCAGUUGGAUGGGACAACAAUAAUUACUUGAAAGAUUUAACUCGAAAGUAUGUACCACAUUGGAAUACUAUCACCCGUAAACAACGUGUAGAAUCUCUUUGGUGGGAAGUGGCUUUAAAACCGUGGUUAGGACCAAAAACUGCGAGAGAUAGAGAAGAAGAUGAGCGGUUAGACAGAAUGCAGCUUGAAGCACCUUUGCCUAAAGUCAUUGGAGAAUAUAAAAACCACCCAUUAUAUGCAUUAACGCGUCAUUUAUUAAAAUUCGAAGCCAUAUAUCCGCCCGAUGCAGCAACUCUUGGAUUUGUUCGCGGAGAGCCUGUGUACGCACGAGAAUGCGUGUACGUUUGUAUGUCACGUGAUAAAUGGCUCAAAGAAGCUAAAGUCGUUAAACUUGGUGAAAAACCUUACAAAAUCGUUAAGGCACGACCAAAAUGGGAUAAGCUUUCAAAUAAAUGUAUAACAGAUAAACCCCUAGAAGUGUUCGGGCCGUGGCAAGUUCAAGAUUAUGAGCCGCCAAUCGCAGAGAAUGGCGUUGUACCACGCAAUGCAUAUGGCAAUGUUGAGUUAUUCAAGGAAUGUAUGUUACCGAAAGGAACUGUCCAUUUAAAAUUGCCUGGAUUGAAUCGUGUAGCAAAAAAGUUGAACAUAGACUGUGCUCCAGCAAUGACUGGUUUUGAUUUUAACGGGGGCUGGUCCCAUCCUGUAUAUGACGGAUUUGUUGUUUGCACGGAAUUUGAAGAGAUUAUCACAGAAGCCUGGAUAAAGGAUCAAGAGGAUCAAGAGCGCAAGGAGCAAGAGAAGCUUGAAGCACGAGUAUAUGGUAAUUGGAGAAGACUUAUACGCGGUCUUCUCAUCAAGCAAAGACUAAAGGCUAAAUAUGGAUUUGAGGAACCCAGCACUUCUCAGGAUAAAAAGAGUAAAGGACCUAGACUUGUUGUAAAAAAGAAAUAGAAUUAUUCGUCGAGUAUAUCGAUAAUGAACUGCCAUAACCGUAGUAGUGUGCUCUGGACAGAUUAUAAUCCUUAAAUCGUGUUUCAAAAAGAACAAUAUUUACAAAGUUCUUUGGUUUCUUAACACAAUUGUAUCGAAGCGUGAUUUCUAGGAUUCAGAUCGAACAAGCGCACAACACUGCUACACUGUAAUUCUUACAAUUUUAGUAUCGCAACUCAAGUCGAUAUUAAAUAAAAAGGGUUUAGUCGUAUUAUGUGUUAAUUAUAGUAACAAAAGUACAAAUAUAAUAAUCCGAAUUCUUAUCAAAGUGAGCGAACAAAAAAUCAUAAAUAACUUCAUUUGAAUAAACAUGUUAAAGAAUUAAUACUUCAUAAUUGAUUACGAUAAGGUUUAUAGUAAUAAUAUCGGAUAAAUAUCAGCCAUUUUGUAAACCUAUUCGUAAAAUACCAUACAAGGUGUUCAAUAGACUAUACCCUUCUUCUGGCUCUUAUCCCACGUUAUGUGAGAUAGGCACAAUGUAUCUCCGAAACUGUUUUGGCAAAUUUAUAACCAUUCAUUCAGUUCCCCUGAACAACUGCACCAUACAUUCGUUAUCAAAAUAACCCGUAAUAUGACAAGACCGAUAAAAACUAGUUAAGUAUGUAUUGCAUGAUAUUAUUAUUAAUUAACGAUCUAAGAUCAUAAAUGCCGUCAAUUGAGCUGAAUGUUAUUAGUUUAAUAAUUUUUUUGUGUCUGAGUACUACACAAAAAAUAAUUAAGAUACAAUUUAAACAAUUUGUUAUGCUUUUCAUCUUUGAAAUAGGCGGGCCCCAUUGUUAAACUCUGUUAUUUAGUAGAGUUGAUGUUGUGUGUAUAACAUACAGUAUCUCUAUCGCCGAACUUAUGACUGUAACAGUCAUAAGUUCGGUGACUUCGAGUAUUGUAUUUUUAUUGGUUAAAUUUAUGUUGCUUUUGCUACAACUGUGUAUUAUAGCUCAAAACUGCAAAGGAUCAGCCACUCGGAAGGGAUUUCAAUUCAUGAAACAAUAGUUUGUACUUAAAAUAAAAUAACUGCCUAGUUGUAGUGGUUAGCAUAUUCACGGGUCACAAGGUCCGGGGUUCGAAUCCCGGCUCGGUCCAAAAAUCGUUAGGUAUUGUGUAUUUUCUAUUAAUCACGUGCCUCGGAGAGCAUGUUAAGCCUGUAAGGUACCGGUUAGUAUCACUUUCUUGUGAUAGUCGGUAAAAUCCACCAACCCGCUUUGGAGCAACAUGGUGAGUCAUUGCUCUAAAACCACCUCUCCUAUGAGAGAGUAGGCCUGUGCCCAGAAGUGGAACUUUGAUAAGCAAAUGAAAGUAUACAUUAGUUACAUGUUUCGAUUGUCACACUAAAUGUCAAAGUUCACUAACGUAAAUUGGCAAGAUAGUCUCUUAUUAAACAACAAUAAUACCUCAGAUUUUAGAUUUUACUUGCUUUAUUAAUUAGGUUUUUAUCACAACUGAAUUGAGUUAUUUUUGUAACUUAUAAGCAAUAAAUGUAAAGCAAAGCUAAAAGCGAUUUGAAUUAAAAUAUAAUGUAUAUUUAGAAUUUAGUAUUACAAUAAUGUGAUUUUGAAAUUAUGUCAGUGAUCCCAAUUUAUUCUACAUUAGCGUUAUUU